AUGGCGGAAGCUAUUCAAAAAAAGUUGGCCGCUGAAUUAGAACAAUUUAAAGCACUUCAGACAAGUUACCAGAAGUACAUAUCAGCUAGACAGAAAUUAGAUGCUCAACUUACUGAGAAUAACAUGGUCUUAGAUGAAAUGAAGUUAUUGGAGGAUGAUUCGACAGUCUACAAGUUGGUCGGACCGGUUCUCGUUAAACAGGAUACAGUCGAGGCCACACAGAAUGUUGAAAAGAGAAUCAAAUACAUUAGUGAUGAGAUCAAACGACAUGAAGGUCUUAUAAAGGAGGUGGAGUCCAAGCAAGAUAGCCUCAGAGAGACCAUCACUAAACUUCAAAGCCAGUCCAUUGGUCCAACAAAGGCAUAA